GCACACUCAAUAAAAAUCCAAACACCUUGCUUGAAAGGAAAAAGAUAAAAUGAUUAGGUAAUAAACAAAAUCUUUAUUCUUGAAAAACGUGCCACAAAAUUAGUCCUCCUCCAUCUAGAUGCUUAUCACCACCUAAUAAUAACCCAUAAAUAGACAGUUAUACAUGGGACCCACAGUUGCCAUGUCAUCAGAUAACACCGAUCCCAUCACCCGCCGCGUAACAAUCGAUGCUGAUAUAUAAAGGACUUUUUUCCCGGAUCAAAGUUGAAAGCAAACUAUAACUCACCGGAAGCCGUACUUUAGCAAGCAAAAGUUGCGUAUUUCACUAAAAUGCACACACAAGAAUCACAAUCACAAUCAGCGUCACCCUCCGCCGACCGGAGGUUGAGUGUUCUGGCAAGACACCUUGAACCGUCGUUCUCCCCCGCCGUCAACAACCACUCUAUUGUCGUCGCUGCUCCGACCGCUGGAACCACCCAGUCUGUUUUCAAUCACAUUGUUCGCGCUCCCGAAGAUCCUAUUCUCGGCGUUACUGUUGCAUACAACAAAGAUACCAGCCCUGUGAAGUUGAACUUGGGAGUUGGUGCAUAUAGGACAGAGGAAGGAAAACCUCUUGUUCUGAAUGUUGUGAGACAAGCCGAGCAGCAACUAGUAAAUGACAGGUCUCGCGUUAAAGAGUACCUUCCAAUUACUGGGUUGGCAGACUUCAAUAAACUGAGUGCUAAGCUGAUACUUGGUGCUGACAGCCCUGCUAUUCAAGAGAACAGACUAACAACUGUGCAGUGCUUGUCUGGCACAGGCGCGUUGAGGGUUGGAGCUGAAUUUUUGGCUCGACAUUAUCAUCAACAUACUAUUUACAUUCCCCAACCAACAUGGGGAAACCACCCCAAAGUUUUUACUUUAGCUGGGUUAUCAGUGAAGAGUUACCGCUACUAUGAUCCAGCAACCCGUGGACUCCAUUUUCAAGGUUUGUUGGAAGACCUUGGAUCUGCCCCGUCAGGAGCGAUAGUGCUACUUCAUGCUUGUGCACACAACCCCACUGGUGUGGAUCCGACCAUUGAUCAGUGGGAGCAAAUUAGGAGAUUGAUGAGAUCAAAAGGAUUGUUACCCUUCUUUGAUAGUGCAUAUCAGGGCUUUGCCAGCGGAAGCCUAGAUACAGAUGCACAGUCUGUUCGCAUGUUUGUGGCUGAUGGAGGUGAAGUACUGCUUGCUCAAAGUUAUGCAAAGAAUAUGGGGCUUUACGGUGAACGUGUCGGAGCUUUAAGCAUUGUCUGCAGGAAUGCUGAUGUAGCAAGCCGAGUUGAGAGCCAGUUGAAAUUGGUGAUUAGGCCAAUGUAUUCCAAUCCGCCAAUUCAUGGAGCAUCAAUAGUUGCUGCAAUCCUCAAAGACAGAAACUUGUACCACGAAUGGACUCUUGAGUUGAAAGCAAUGGCUGAUCGAAUCAUCAAAAUGCGCCAGCAACUUUUUGAUGCUUUACGUGCUAGAGGUACCCCUGGUGACUGGAGUCACAUUAUCAAGCAGAUUGGGAUGUUCACUUUCACAGGACUUAACAAAGAACAAGUUGCCUUCAUGACCAAAGAAUACCACAUCUACAUGACAUCAGACGGACGCAUUAGCAUGGCCGGUCUAAGCUCCAAGACAGUUCCACAUCUAGCAGAUGCCAUCCAUGCAGCUGUGACUCGGGCUCGUUGAGUUCAUUACUACUGUUUUCCAUCACGUUCUUGCUAAGGUUGUUAGCUGCUAUCAUUUUGGUUGGCUGAUUAUUUUCUGCUCAAGUAAAAACAAGAUUGCAAUUCCCCCUCCUUGUAAUAACUAGUUUCCUCUUAGUUGGAGGUUAUAAUAAACAUAUAUCUGUAAUGAGUAGAAUAAUCUUGCUUAAUGUAGCAAAUCUAUUUCAUAACCCCUUUAGUCUUAGUUGCCAUAUAGUGCUAGGUAGCAUACCUACAAUUGUUAUUAGCAAUUCGUAAUAAUACGUUUGCUUUAUCUUGAUAAAGUCAAAGCUGAUUUCUUUAA